UAUCGCCAUUUAUUUAGGCAUUUUUGUCACAAGUAUUUACUCACCCCUACAAACUGUCAAAGUGAUAUAUGUAUGUCAAUUCUUUGCACGUGGUAUAUAUUGUUUGUUUGGCAAGUUGGGAGCAGAAUGCCGCGAUCAAAAAGAGAUAAAAAAAUUUCUCUCACAAAAACUGACCGGAAGGGUUUAGCAUGGAAACAACAUAUUGUUGAGGAUAUUAGGAAUUGCCUCAACAAGUAUCCAUCCGUCUUCGUAUUUUCUGUUAAAAAUAUGCGAAACAACUUGUUGAAAGACCUCCGGCAAGAGUUUAAAAAAGACUCAAGGUUUUUCUUCGGGAAGAACCGUAUAAUGCAGUUGGGCCUUGGUCGUUCCAAAGAAGAAGAAUUCGAGCGAGAUUUGUAUAAAGUAUCUAAAAGAAUUGAAGGACAAUGCGGCUUGCUGUUCACAGAGAAGUCAAAAGAAGAAAUUCUGGAAUGGUCAUCACAUUAUUCAGCCCUUGAAUAUGCUAGAAGCGGUUUUGUGGCUUCCCGAACUGUGUCAUUGACUAAAGGGCCUAUGAACGAUUUCGCACAUUCAAUGGAGCCUCAUUUGCGUUCGCUAGGCCUGCCUACAAAAUUAGAAAAAGGAGUUGUCACUUUAGUCAAAGAUCAUGUUGUAUGCGAAAAGGGAAAAGUGCUAACGCCCGAACAAGCUAGGAUAUUGAAACUUAUUGCAAUACCAAUGGCGACAUUCAAACUUUCCGUGAAAUGUGCAUGGACUAAGGAAGGUGGCUUUGAAAAUCUUAGGAAAGAUAAACCUAGUGAGGAUGAGAUGGAAUACGAAAGUGAUAAUGAAACAAUUCCUGCAGAGGCCGUAGUUCAGGAUAGGCAGACACAAUAAUUUUUCCUAUCUUUUUUAAAAGAAAUAAGCUUAUAAAAAUAUGAUUAGAAUAUAAUUGGAUCAAUUUAAUUAUACAAGGGCAUUUUUGAAUGCAUGACAAAUAAACUUAUCGUUUCUCGCAGGGACACACUUAAAGAAUCA